UGCACACCGCAGUCAUCCGGUUUCGCUCUUGUCCAGCCGUUUUCUUCGGACCCUGAGCGGAUGUUACCUUUUUUUUUCUCUUUAUUCACACAUUCUAGCCAAGGUUUAUAAUCCAUCCCAGGUACAAGGAAUGAUUGUCAGCGUUUGUAGUCUUUGAAUAUUUGGAAAAGAACGAGCGGGGAGUUGCCACAGCCACGCUACCCCUGGAUAUUAUUCGGAGGUAUGCCAGUGCCAGACCAGCCGUCUCAUCCAGAGAAUUCCAACAUGCUGAGCCCGGUGCUGAACGCUUCCAACGGAGACGGAUCCGAGACGGAGACCACCUCCGCCAUCCUGGCAUCCGUCAAAGAACAGGAGCUGCAGUUUGAGCGGCUGACGCGGGAGCUGGAAGCGGAGCGUCAGAUAGUGGCCACUCAGCUGGAGCGAUGCAAACUGGGCUCUGAGACCGGCAGCAUGAGCAGCAUCAGUUCGGCAGAUGAGAAGUUUCGCUGGAAUAAUCAAGACGGACAGAAGGACAUAGAGGAGGAGCUGACCACCGGCCUGGAGCUCGUGGACUCCUGCAUCCGAUCCCUUCAAGAGUCGGGGAUUCUGGACUCUCAGGAUCUGUCUGCUGGAGAACGACCAGGCAUUCUAUCCCAGAGUGCACUGCAGCUGAACGCCAAUCAAGAGGGGAAUUAUCCAUACCCAGCAAGUUACCAUAGCAACCAGACCUUGGCCCUGAGCGAUCUGCCAGGCUCACAGGCUCCGCCCCGAAGUGGGCAGUUGGGAGGUGCCGUACACAGCUACAACCAGGUGACGUCGUCCCGCGCUGCCCAGCUGGCGGCCGGCGAGGCCCAGUCCCGUGACUCCUUCGCCCCGAGCCAUGCCAGUGCGUUCCACAUGCCUGACGGCCAGCAGCCCUCGCCCUACUACUCCUGCUCCACCCUGCCGGCGCAGCGCGUGAGCUCGCCGCUGUCCGUGCAGGCGCUGGGCUCGCCCUCCAAGCUGCAGCGGCUGGGCUCCGUGUCCGACAUGCCCAGCUACGCCACGCUGCAGCGCGUGGGCUCGCCCAAGCAGUCGCCCAGCCGCCUGGCCAAGUCCUACAGCACCAGCUCGCCCAUCAACAUGGCGGCCGGCGGCGCGGGCUCCUCCCCGCUGCACAUGGCGUCCGGCGUGGGCCAGGGCGGCGGCGCGUCACCGCUCCACCAGCUGAGCUCGGCCGUGGGCAGCUACGCCACGCUGUCGCCCACCAAGCGCAUGCUGCACUCGGACCAGUACAAGAUCUCCCACGAGCUGUACGCCAACGCCACGCUGCAGAGGCCUGGCAGCCUGGCAGGAUCCAGGGGCUCGUACAGCAGCCAGCACAGCCACCUGGGCUCUGAGCUGCGGCCUCUACAGUCCCCUGAGCACCAUAUCGACCCCAUCUACGAGGACAGGGUCUACCAAAAGCCCUCCCUGAGGAACUUCAGCCAGAGCCAAGCCCCGCCCUCCCCUGCUGUCGACCCAAUCCCCUUGCAGCGCACCGCCAGCCAGAGCGCCACGGGCACCUUCCCCCGGGGCGGCUACAGCAGCGCGGCGGCCUCGGCGGCCGACUACGCCAACCCCUACCGCACGCUGCAGUUCUGUCCCACCACCGACUCCCCCUACAGCAAGUCGGGCCCCACACUGCCCCCGGAGGCCACCCUGGUACGCUCGCCCUCGGUGGACAGCAUCCAGAAGGACCCCAGGUACGACCCUGAAUUCCUUGUGUGGAAUCAAAAUCAAGCCGAGCAGAGACUGACAAAGGAGUUUGGCUGGAGGGAUCCAGAGCUGCCGGAGGUCAUUCAGAUGCUGCAGCACCAGUUCCCCUCGGUGCAGUCCAACGCCGCAGCCUACCUGCAGCACCUGUGCUUCGGAGACAACAAGAUCAAGGCCGAGAUCCGCAGGCAGGGUGGGAUCCAGCUCCUAGUGGACCUUCUGGACCACCGUAUGACGGAUGUGCACCGCGCCGCCUGCGGAGCCCUCAGGAACCUGGUCUAUGGCAAAGCCAACGACGACAACAAGAGCCUGAAGAACUGCGGCGGCAUCCCAGCCCUGGUACGACUCCUGCGCAAGACCACCGACGUGGAGAUCAGGGAGCUGCUCACAGGCGUGCUGUGGAACCUGUCGUCGUGCGACGCUCUGAAGAUGCCCAUCAUCCAGGACGCGCUGGCCGUGCUGACCAACACGGUCAUCAUCCCGCACUCCGGCUGGGACACCUCGCCGCACCAGGACGACCGCAAGCUGCACCUCCACUCCUCACAGGUGCUCCGCAACGCCACUGGGUGCCUCAGGAACGUGAGCUCGGCCGGCGAGGAGGCGCGUAGAAGGAUGCGUGAGUGCGAGGGUCUGACCGACGCGCUCCUCUACGUCAUCCAGACGGCCCUGGGCAGCAGCGAGAUCGACAGCAAGACUAUAGAGAACUGCGUGUGCAUCCUGAGGAACCUGUCCUACCGGCUGGCGGUGGAGACGUCCCAGGGUCAGCAGCUGGGCUCGGAGGAGCUGGACGGCGUGCUGUGCGGCGAGGCCAGCGGCAAGGACGGAGAGAGUUCCGGCUGCUGGGGCAAGAAGAAGAAGAAAAAGAAGGGCCACGACCAGUGGGAUGGCGUGGGGCCGUUCCCCGACUCCAGCGACCCACCCAAAGGGCUGCAGAUGCUGUGGCACCCGUCCAUUGUGAAGCCCUACCUCACGCUCCUGUCCGAGUGCUCCAACCCCGACACUCUAGAGGGCGCCGCCGGGGCACUACAGAACCUGGCAGCUGGCAGCUGGAAGGUAGGCCCCGCUCCCAAACCAUGGUCUGUGUAUAUUCGGGCAGCCGUGCGUAAGGAGAAAGGCCUGCCAAUCUUGGUGGAGCUGCUGAGGAUAGAUAAUGACCGUGUGGUGUGCGCCGUGGCCACUGCCCUGCGCAACAUGGCCCUGGACGUGAGGAACAAAGAGCUCAUCGGUAAGUAUGCCAUGCGGGACCUGGUCCACCGUCUGCCGGGAGGCAACAACAACAACAGCAGUGGUGGAGCCCCGGCCAGCAGCCUGGCGGGGAAGACCAUGUCGGACGACACCAUCACGGCCAUCUGCUGCGCCCUGCACGAGGUCAUCACCAAGAACAUGGAGAACACCAAGGCCUUACGGGAUGCCGGCGGCAUCGAGAAGCUCAUCGGUAUCGCUCGCAGCAAAGGCGACAAACACUCUCCUAAGGUGGUGAAAGCAGCCUCACAAGUCCUUAACAGUAUGUGGCAAUACAGGGACUUACGAAGCCUCUACAAAAAGGACGGAUAUUCUCAGUAUCACUUUGUAGGCUCCUCCUCCACGAUAGAGAGGGACAGACAACGGCCUUACUCCUCCUCCCGGACCCCCUCCAUCUCUCCCGUCAGGACGUCCCCCAACAAUCGAUCCGCGAGCGCUCCCGCCUCCCCCCGAGAGAUGAUGAGCCUCAAGGAGAGGAAGGCAGACUACGAGUCGACGGGGACCAUCUCCGGUUACCACGGCAACAAGGGCGAGCACACCUCCAGGAAAGAUGCCAUGGCAGCUCAGAUAUCCAGUGGAACAUCAACACUGUACCGCGGGGCGUAUGUGUCUCCUGGAGAUGACUUGAAACACAACCAGGUGCCGGUGCAGGCCAACCUGCCGGACGCCUACCCUCCGUUCCAGACGCCGCCCGGCGCCAACUACGAGGAGGGCUUUUACGAGGACCAGGUGCUUCAGCGUCCCCAGCCCAACGCCGACGGCACCAUGACCCUCGGACUCAAAUCCACCGGCAACUACGUGGACUUCUACUCGGCGUCUCGCCCCUACAGCGAACUCAACUACGAGACCAGUCACUACCCGGCCUCACCAGACUCCUGGGUGUAGC